GGUGGUCUAUUUCUCUGUCUCCUAUCUGUUAUUCAGGUGGUCUAUUUCUCUGUCUCCUAUCUGUUAUUCAGGUGGUCUAUUUCUCCGCCACGUACCCCUACUUCAUGCUGUUCAUCCUGUUUUUUCGUGGGGUCACUCUCCCCGGGGCCAAGGAGGGCAUCCUUUUCUACAUCACCCCCGACUUCAACAAACUCCUCAAGUCUGAGGUGUGGCUGGACGCUGCCACUCAGAUCUUCUUCUCCUAUGGACUGGGUCUGGGUUCGCUCAUCGCCUUGGGAAGCUACAACUCCUUCAACAACGACGUGUACAGGGACUCCCUCAUCGUGUGCUGUAUAAACUCCUUCACCAGCAUGUUUGCGGGCUUCGUCAUCUUCUCCAUUGUGGGCUUCAUGUCGUACAUCACCAAGAAGCCUGUCCAGGAACUAGCUGCCUCCGGCCCAGGCUUGGCGUUCUUGGCCUACCCCCAGGCUGUGACUCAGCUGCCCAUGUCCUCCCUGUGGGCCAUCCUGUUCUUCUCCAUGCUGAUGAUGCUGGGGCUAGACAGCCAGUUCUGUACUGUGGAGGGCUUCGUCACAGCUCUGAUGGAUGAGUUCCCCAUGGUGCUGAGGAAGAGGAAGAAGGUCUUUAUCCUCGGCGUCUGUCUAAUCUCCUUCCUCAUCGGCUUCUCCAACAUUACACAGGGUGGUCUGUACGUCUUCAAGCUGUUUGAUUACUACUCUGCCAGCGGGAUGUGCCUCCUCUUCCUCGUCUUCUUCGAAACCGUCUCGAUUUCCUGGUUCUAUGGAGCUGAUAAGUUCUAUGGGGACAUUGAAGAGAUGAUCGGCUAUCGGCCCUGCGGCUGGUGGAAGCUCUGCUGGAAGUUCUUUACUCCGGCAAUCUGCCUGGGAGUGUUUACCUUCAGUGCCAUUGAGAUGACCCCCCUGACCUUGGGGAAGUACGUGUACCCGGCGUGGGGGCAGGGGAUUGGCUGGGUCAUGUCUCUGUCAUCCAUGGUUCUUGUGCCAGGCUAUGUCAUCUACAUGUUCUGCACCUCCAAGGGCGGCAUCAAACAGCGUUGGCACAAGAUGACCACCAGCGCACCUUGUGAACAUGCUGGCGUCACACACCAGAAUUCACACACAGGAAGUGUGGGCGAAGCCGCCGUCUAACUGGGAAUAGGAUACAGUUGACUCCUGGGACCUGAUCUAAGGUCGGUUUAGCAUUUUUCGCCUAAUGGUUAAAAUUGGGAGUUUUGGGUGGGGUAAACCGAUUCCUAGAUCUGUUCCUACAGGCAACUUCCACCCAGAAUUCCUGACUAUGCCGGACACCUCGUCAACACAGGGGUGUAUUCACUAGGAAACAAACGAACCAAAUGAAAGCCAACAGAAGCAAACAGAAUGAAACGGGGAGUGACCUACCUGAAUUUGUCCAAUAGAAACUCUUGUUUCCGUUAGGAGUGAACGAUUUCCGUUGCGAAACGUUUUACAACUAUUUGCUACGGUCUUGCUCUAAUGAAUACACCCCAGUAUUCAGACAGAGAGAGGCAUCAUGGGAGAUGCCCUGGCCAAAAUGCUUCCAUUCCAUAUGUAUCCACUGGAACUGAAUGGUCACAUAAUAUAAUGGACUGUAUUAUUGAAAAAUACAAUGUUUUUUCUUCUGUGGUACACCGCUGUAUACAAUUCAUAAGGUGACACCAUCUUUUUCAGAUCUAUACGAAGUCAUUGUGGCCCACUUCGGCUUACGAACAAAUACAAAGCAUUUUGUAAAGUAUCUGAAUAAAUUGAAAACAUU